UUGUCGGGCGGGUCGCGAGACAGCAGCACCCCGUCACGUGAGAGCAUGGCUUCCGCGCUGAACGAGUAGGCAGGGACCCUGAAACUUUGGGGCCACAAUUGAGUAGCCUCUGCGUCCAGCUCUGCUCUCGAGGGACUGGAAAAAGGUAGCAGGAACGGAGAAAGAAACUUGUCUGCCUCACCAUGACGGAGUAUUGGCUGAUAUCCGCCCCAGGAGAUAAGACCUGCCAACAGACAUGGGAGACCAUGAACAAUCUGACGUCAAAGCAGAACUCCCUGUCGGUAAACUACAAGUUCCACAUUCCAGACCUCAAGGUUGGAACUUUGGAUCAGCUGGUGGGAUUAUCGGACGAUCUCGGGAAGCUAGAUGCAUUCGUCGAGCAGGUUACUCGUAAGGUGGCGACGUACCUUGGCGAGGUACUGGAAGAUCAGAGAGACAAGCUGCACGAAAAUCUGAUGGCCAAUAACAGUGACCUGCCGUCGUACAUUACCCGGUUCCAAUGGGACAUGGCUAAAUAUCCGAUUAAACAAUCACUGAGGAAUAUCGCGGACAUCAUCAGCAAACAGGUUGGUCAGAUCGACGCCGACCUCAAGACCAAAUCGACGACCUACAACAAUCUGAAGGGUAGUUUGCAAAACCUUGAGAAAAAGCAAACGGGGAGCUUAUUGACUCGUAACCUGGCCGACUUGGUGAAGAAGGAACAUUUCAUUCUCGAUAGCGAGUAUUUAUCCACGUUGCUGGUCAUCGUGCCCAAGUCGAGCUUCCAAGAAUGGUAUGCAGUCUAUGAGAAGCUGACCGACAUGAUCGUGCCCCGCAGCACGGUACUUAUUACCCAAGAUUCCGAAUACGGCCUCUUCACUGUCACCCUCUUCAAGAAGGUGAUAGAGGAGUUCAAACUCCAUGCCCGGGAGAAGAAGUUCAUCGUUCGCGACUUUACGUACAACGAGGAGGAGCUUGCUGCCGGCAAAAACGAGAUUACAAAGUUGGUUACCGACAAGAAGAAGCAGUUCGGGCCCCUCGUCCGCUGGCUGAAAGUCAACUUCAGCGAGUGCUUCUGCGCCUGGAUACACGUGAAGGCUCUCAGGGUUUUUGUCGAGUCUGUUCUUAGGUACGGAUUACCGGUGAACUUCCAGGCAAUUUUGCUGCACCCUCAUAAGAAGUGCACCAAGCGACUACGGGACGUUCUGAACCAGCUUUACGCUCAUCUCGAUUCUUCCGCCACAUCCGCCGGUGGACAAUCUGGUAACCAAGAUAGCGUGGACAUACCAGGCUUGGGCUUCGGCCAAAACGACUACUUUCCGUACGUCUAUUACAAAAUUAACGUCGACAUGGUGGACAAUAAAGUCUAGUCGACCACGUCGAUUCGCCGGUUCAGCGCACACUACACAUCUCUGUUGCUCGCCCGAUUGCGAGUCCGUCAUUGUCGCGUAAUCGUCGAAUUGCAGAUGCAUAAAUUCAAUGAAAAUUCCAAUAGGAGCUGGGGAAACCUCGUACCCGUGUGUCUCGGUGUGAUCAAUGCUGUCGCGUUUAACCGGGCUACCUGAGCUCUACCUAUGAUGUUAAAUUUGAAGAGAAAUGAAAUCCUCUAUUUAUCUGGCUCGAGCAAGAGGAAGCUGGCGAUUGGUCACGCCGUACAUCGGGACAUUGUUGGCCGAAAUCCGAUUAUUUUGGGGUAACGAUACAACAGGCGGACCACUUAUUCGUAUUCUCGGCAAGGUGGCGGGGAUGGGAUGUUUCGCGAGGAGGAAGAAACCAAUAUAAAUAAAGUCAAUGUUCUCGUAGUCGAUCCUAUCGAACGUCCAGGAUCACCGACAAACUCGGGCGUCAGUGCAGGCUAAACUGGGCAUAAUAUAAAUGGUACAUUUGUAAAUAAUUUGCGUGAACCUAGAACGGGACGACUAGUUAAGUACUAGUUUGGUCCGCACGAUGGCGUGUCGCACCGAUGAUUCCAGUCUCGGUCGGUGUGACCCGGAGGAAACUAUACUUAAGUGAAUAAGUGUAAUUAAUUGUAUAAGUGGCUUGUGGACUUUCCAUCUCGAAUGAAUCGCCGUCUUGAGAAACGAUCUUAAUUCCGGGGGAAAUGCCUUCUGCCUUUGGAUGUGACUUCCAAACCUCUCGGAGGAACUCUGUAAAUCUAGCGAAUGUGUGUCUCCGUAGCUUUUAUGUGUCUGGCAAGGUGGGAGGGAAUUUUAGAUAAUUAAAAAAAAAAAAAUUAAUUAACGGGGAGGAAGGUCGUUUCGAUGGCGAAUGAUUCGGGUGACGAUUCGCGCUGGCUUGGACUUCGUGAUGUCUAUGGAUACAAAUGCUUCCGUACUUUGCAACUUGGCGUUAAAUCUUCAUCCAGAAGACGGUCUGUUGGGAUGUUUUUGCCUACGUACGCCAGUGAAUUACCUAUCCAGAAUUACGAUAUAUUUUCACCUCGCCAUCACGAAUGUACGAGUGCGCGAAUCCGUUAUCGAGUACACGCGAGUCUUGCGAUGACGAGUAAUUAUAUAUCCUUGUAAAGUAUUACACCUGUCCUGCGGUGAGUUUCAAAAAGUGAGAGAGAGACACCUAUUUCGAACAUUUCAGGAGAGUUCCGAGAUCUAGAGCAUUAGGUCAUCUUGAGUAUUCUAUUUAGUAUUUCUCAUGGAUCUUUGUACAGACAUUCUCCUUCCCCCCCUCGAAAUUAGGUGCUUGAACGACCUCGUUCGUUUGUAAAAAAAUACGGGUUUCGGCAGUUAUUUAUUCACAAACCGUUUGUUGAAGGGAACUAUCCUCUUUUUACAUUUACCACACUUUGUUGGGUUUUUAUUCUGCCGAGGUGGAUUUUUAACCGUGGUUGUGCUAGGCCAGGUGCUGUAACGAGGACCCAGAUCGCAUUUUAAUUGCCCAUUGGCUUUAGUUUUACGCUCUAGGAUGAUGUCGAUCUUAUUACCGUUGUAUCUUAAUAUUGAUUUUAAUCUAUCGUUUGCCUAUAAUUGAUCAGAUUGGUUCUAUCAUGUAUGGAGGAUUAUGGAGGCAAAGGACGUCGAGCUCGUUUAUAUUCAUACAUCGCGAUCCAUGAUUCACGAGGCAGGAAGAGAAUGAUUAAUGUUUAUUAAAUGCGGAAAUCGCGUUAUUAAAUCUGUCCUUAGAACAGGUCCUGGUCUGAGAUCGAAUGUCGCGUAGUACGUUUGUGCACCUCGUCGUUGUUAGAAAUGUUUCGAUAGAACUCUCGUACGGUGGUCGCGGUCACUGUUUCGUUAUAUACACAAUUACCCAAUCGAGCAAGUGACAAUAUGGUAUUGGCAUCUGCUUACUACUUCUACAAAUGUGUUAUAGUUUAUAUAAACACACGCGAGAAGGGGGCCGCAAAUGCAAACUGUUGUAAUUUGUAGAUAAAUUCAAAGGAACGACUGCCGAGUCGUUCAGCUCUAUAUUAUAUACUAUGUUAUAAUUAUAAAUAAAUAUCAUGUUCCGUUA